AUGUGUGUGUUUAAGUUUUGUGAAGUCAAUUUAUUGCAUUCUCAAAAUUCGGUUCUUGUUGACGGUGUAUCGGUUUCGGAAUUUAUUAAAAACGGAGAAGGAUUCACGUACAACGACUUCAUUAUUUUACCAGGUUACAUAGACUUUUCGGCUAAAGAUGUAGACUUAACUUCUCCUUUUACUAAAAAUAUCAAUCUUAAAUUACCGUUGGUAUCCUCACCUAUGGAUACCGUUACCGAAUCAGAAAUGGCGAUAGCAAUGGCUUUAUGCGGGGGAAUCGGAAUAAUUCAUCAUAAUUGUACCCCCGAUAAGCAAGCCAAAGAAGUAAUUAAAGUAAAAAAAUAUAAACAGGGAUUUAUUAGGAAUCCUGUUGUCAUGAGCCCUGACAAUACAGUAGCGGAUGUUUUCAAGGUGAAAAGGGAUCAAGGGUUUUGUGGAGUACCAAUAACUCAUAAUGGAAAAUUAGGAGGUAAAUUGGUUGGUAUUGUCACAUCAAGAGAUGUUGAUUUCUUAAAUGAAACUCAAUCUCAUAGCAUGAAACUAGAGUCUGUAAUGACAAAAUUUGAAGAUUUAGUGACUGCUAAGGCUGGUGUGACAUUAGAACAAGCUAAUAAAAUAUUAGAAAAGUCUAAAAAAGCUAAAUUGCCCAUUGUCAAUGACAAUAGUGAAUUAGUUGCAUUAAUGGCAAGAACAGAUUUAAAAAAGAAUAGAAGUUUUCCAAAUGCGAGUAAAGAUGAAAACAAACAGUUGCUUGUCGGAGCUGCCAUCGGAACAAGAGAGGAAGAUUUAUACAGGUUAAAAGGCUUAAUACAAGCAGGUGUUGAUGCUGUUGUUCUUGACUCAUCACAAGGAAACUCAGUUUAUCAAAUAAAAAUGAUUCAUGAAAUUAAAAAAGCAUAUCCUAAUUUGCAAGUUGUGGGAGGUAAUGUAGUAACUGCUGCCCAAGCCAAAAGUCUUAUCGAUGCAGGAGUUGAUGGAUUAAGGGUUGGAAUGGGUAGUGGAAGUAUUUGCAUAACGCAAGAAGUUAUGGCUGUGGGCAGAGCUCAAGCUACUGCAGUGCACAAAGUAUCAGAAUAUGCAAGGCUGUACAAUGUUCCUGUUGUUGCCGAUGGAGGUAUUUCAUCGACAGGCUCAAUAGUCAAAGCCCUGUCACUGGGAGCAUCGUCGGUAAUGAUGGGAUCAUUAUUAGCGGGAACUUCAGAAGCUCCCGGUGAAUAUUUUUUCUCGGACGGGGUAAGACUUAAAAAAUACAGAGGAAUGGGUAGCAUAGAAGCGAUGAACACGAAAGAAAGCUCGGGUUCCGCUUCGAGCAGGUAUUUCCACAACGAAAUGGAUAAUUUGAAAGUUGCUCAGGGCGUGAGCGGUGCCAUAGUCGACAAAGGAUCAGUUUUGAAAUAUUUACAAUAUUUACAAACCGGAAUGAAACACAGUUUUCAAGACAUUGGAGCCAAAAGUGUUACUAUUCUUAGAAACAUGGCGCAGUCGGGAGUUCUCAGAGUUGAAAAAAGGACUCCGUCAGCUCAGAUGGAGGGAAGCGUUCACGGUUUAUUUUCCUACGAGAAAAUGUUAUUUUAA